GCGUUCAAGUCCCUGCAGAAGCAGGUGGGGACACCAGACUCCCUGGAGUCGCUGGACAUCCCCUCCACAGCCAGCUCCUGCGAGGUCUUCAGCCCCACCGCCUUCGCGCCCACCAGCCAGCCCAAAGCCCUCGACAGCGGCUACGACACCGAGAACAACGAGUCCCCCGAGUUUGUCCUCAAAGAGCCUCAUGAGCCCCGAGAGCCAGAGGCCUUUGGCCAACUGGGGAAGCCGCCCCCGGGGCUGCCGGGGGGUGAGGGUGAGGGUCCGGCCCCUGAGACGCGGCUCUCCACCUCCCGGGGCCCCGAGCUCCACAGCCUCGCCGAGAAGAACCCCUACCGCGACUCUGCCUACUUCUCCGACUACGACACCGAGGCCGAGCGCAGCCCCAAGGAGGAGGAGGACAGUGACGGGUCCCGGACCCCAGAGGCAGAGGAGUGUCCCCAGUCCCCCGCACAGGACCUGGGGCGAGUCCCCGUGUUGGGAGAGGACCCGUUGCACCCCCCGGGGGCACCUGGCAGUCCCCCGGCCGUGCCCAGUGUGAUGGCAGUGGACAUUCCGGCAGCGGGAGACUGGAGGGGGACAGAGACCGGGAGUGCCCCGGGCAGCCCCAUGGGACAGAG